CACCCUCCUUCAUUUUAACGACGAAUCUUCUCCUUCUCCUACUCUUCAACCAACCGAAUCAACCUCAAUCAUCACCGAUAAUAUCGCAGAUAUACAAAUCGAAUCAUUUUCAAAAUCCUCAAAGAAUUUAAAGGAGACGCCACAACAUCAAAUCAUGAGGAUGGGUGAUCCGUAUGAUUUUGAAGGCUUUUCAUCAUUCAAAGCAUCAACGUCAAACAAUUAUACCAGUUUUACCUCAAAACAAAAACUUGAUUUCGUAAGUUUUACCAACGCGUAUGAAUCUAUGAAAAAUGAAAGUAAGUGGAAAUUGACAAGCGGAAAAGUGGUGGAAGAUUCCCUCUACGAAUUUGGAUUAAAAUGCGUGGACGAACACUUAUCGCAUAGCUUUAUUUUAGAUACAGAAGAUAUUUCUUACAUCAAUGAAGGUAUUUUUAAUGAAAGUGAAAUGAAGGAAAUUCGCGAUAGUAAAGUUCAAAAUUUACCAAAUAAUAUACAAGAGCUUCGACAAACUCUCGACAAACCAUAUAGUGAUAGCACUCAUUAUAACCGUGAACUCCAUCAUGAUUUCGAUUGGUUCAAAUUAGUGAUGCAUUCACUGAUUCGCGAAUAUGAAAGUGGAUCUUUAAAAGAAGAACAUCUAGAAAAUUGGUAUAAUAUUCAUUUAUGGGGACCUAUAAUAGAUCAAUGUUUUUCCAAUAUAUCUGACAUGGAAAUGGUUAGAAGCGAAUCGGCAAGCGUCGCAUCUGGAUUAAGAAAGAAUGUUGGUAGAACAAUCGCUGGGAAAAACUUUCUUACAAGGUGGAAAAUCGGGAGGAAGGGUGACCUUAUAAUAAGAACAGCUGGAAAUCUGGAAUUCGGAAGCUCUGAAGCAGGAAGAUUCUUUAAAAGUGAAAAAGGCACUAAAUGGAUGGUAGAAAGUGGACUAAAAUUACCAAAAAUGCUAAAAGAUAUGUUAGUGCAAUUGGCGAGCGAAGUAAAUUGGUCCAAACCAAUAUUACAAAAGAUAAGAACUGUUGGAUUUGUACAUGGAGGCUCUCGUCUAAUGAUUGUUGAGUUAGAUUGCCCUGAAGGUUAUGUAUGCAGAAUGCGUCGUAGUCAAAUUUUCAAAGUGGCAGAUAGUGAGUUAACACAUAGUAGAGAAACAUUACCCUUAUUGUCAGUUACAUGGAAAGCAAAGGCAAUCAAGGAAUGUUUAAAUAUGAUAUUAAAUAAUGUAGAAGAUCAAGAUGAAUCUGAGAGUGUGAGUGUAAGGGAAUUGGUAAAAAAUGCGGGUUUGACAAAAGAAACUAACAACAAUACAAUGAGAAUACCUCAUUGUUUCCAGACACCAUUGUCGAAUAAAAGAACGCGUAAUAAUGAAGAAUUCAAGGAGUAA